AGGCGUCGUAAAAUCCAAAAUACACUCUCAAAAUGCUUGCUGUGGAAAGACGCCCUACGACACUGAAACACAGCUCUGUUGUUCAGGAACCAUACAACCAAAAUUCUAUGGCAGUACUCAAGCCAGAUGCUGUGGAUCGGCUCGUUACAACCCCUCCUCCCAAGGAUGCUGUGCUGGGAAACAGCCAUAUUACACAACUACACAUCUCUGUUGCGGAGGAAAAGUCCAACCAAAAUUCUAUGGCAGUACUCAAGCCAGAUGCUGUGGAUCGGCUCGUUACAACCCCUCCUCCCAAGGAUGCUGUGCUGGGAAACAGCCAUAUUACACAACUACACAUCUCUGUUGCGGAGGAAAAGUCCAACCAAAAUUCUAUGGCAGUACUCAAGCCAGAUGCUGUGGAUCGGCUCGUUACAACCCCACCCCCCAACGAUGCUGUGCUGGGAAACAGCCAUAUUACACAACUACACAUCUCUGUUGUUCAGGAACCAUCCAACCAAAAUUCUAUGGCAGUACUCAAGCCAGAUGCUGUGGAUCGGUUCGUUACAACCCCGCCCCCCAACGAUGCUGUGCUGGGAAACAGCCAUAUUACACAAAUACGCAUCUCUGUUGUUCAGGAACCAUCCAACCAAAAUUCUAUGGCAAUACACAAGCCAGAUGCUGCGGAUCGGCUCGUUACAAACCCUCUUCCCAAGGAUGCUGUGCUGGGAAACAGCCAUAUUACACAUCUACACAUCUCUGUUGCGGAAGAACGGUUGUUCGCAAAACAAAGGAUGCUGCCUGCUGUGGAAGUAGAGUUUAUAACACCGAAACCCAGGUAG